AUGAACUCUCUGCUGCGUUCGGCCAGCAAGGUCCUCUCCACACCAUCAUCCUCUGCUAGCCAUGUUUCAUCACCAUCCAUGUUAUUCCGUUUUAAUUCAAGUAGUAACAACUUGAUGAAGAGAAUCAUGUUCCCUUCAAAUAUUCAUCAUCAACAAAUAGCUUUUUAUCAUCAGAAUGUAUUUUCUUUUAAUACCAGUAAACAAGAGGUGAAAAUUGGUGGCGAGGAAUUGAAUGAAAAGAUUAGCGAAAAUAUUGAAAUUAAUACAAAUCAAGAGGAACAACAAGAACCAGUGGUAGAGGAAGAAGCUACAACAAGUACCGGAGCAAUUCGUCUCAGCAAUAUUGUUGGUGGUGAAACACCUGCUAAAUAUCAAGUCUAUGUUCCUCCUGCACAUACUAAUUUACCAAUGAACGAAGUGAGAGAAUUGCAUUUUGCCGUGGUUCAGGUUGGAGGACAUCAAUACAAGGUUACCAAUGGAGAUAGAAUUACAGUUAAUAGAAUUCCAAUUGAAGUUGGAACGCAAAUUAAGUUGAACAAGAUUUUGCUUGUUGGAGGCAAGGAUUUCAGUGCUGUAGGUAGACCAAUAGUGUCCAAUGCUACCGUUUUAGCCACAGUUGAGCAACAUACAAGAUCUGCCUACGUUAUUGCCUUCAAGAAAAGAAGAAGGAAAAACUCUAAAAGAUUUAAGGGCUUCCAACAACAAAUUUCAACCCUCCGUAUUGAUAGUGUCAAAUUUGAGGGCCAAGCAAAUGAAAGCGAAUUGAAGGUUGUUUGCCACGAGUAA